UGUUGUCUAAGACAAAACAAACGAUGAAGUCACCAACAGUUAUAUUCUUCAUAUUCAUGUUCUCUUUCUUUGCUCUACAGCAAUGCAUGCACGUGGAUGUUAGAGAAAUUGAUAAUGUGAGCAAGCUCCAAAUACCAAACUGUGUUCCUGCCAAAUGCGGCGAAGAGGGUUUUUUCAAACAUGAUUGUUGGUGUUGUUUUCACAAUCAAAAUAUUUGUUUCAAUACCAAAAACGAAUGCAUUUCCAGCCCCCGUUGUCCUCCUUUAAAGUUAUAA